UGUAGGGCACCAAAAUGGCUAGGGACGGCCCUGGACAGACCCCUUAGAAAUUUAAAGAGAGUUGUGAGUUACAUGGCUUUAUACACUAUGCGCCUCUUGUAUCUGUUUUAUGCAGAUGCGACUCCAUUGAGUGCAGUAGAGUUGCUCUUGAUUUUCUCUGGCGAGAAUGAAAUGAAGUUCUGGCUAUUUAAAUGAAGGCUAUGGGCCUUCAGCUUUUUAUCAUUUCAGUGCUGUCUUGAGAGAUCCAGAAGAGAGACUGAUGGAGCUGAACCUCUUGCAGUCUGUGAAAGUAAGAAACAGAAAUCCAUCAUUGGAGGCAGAUUAACUCUUUCUUCUCCGUGGUUCCCUGGAGUUGGGUGGGUGAGAGAGCCUGGUCUGAUUCUGAAUGUAUCAUUCCUUUUCUCAGUUUUGUUUCUUUCCUCCCUGAAGCCUGCAGGAAGCACCUCUUGCGAGUGAAUUUCACUUGGACCAAUAAAGCCAUCUAGAUUUGUUUAAAUAGUUCAUUUCCAGAGUGUGAUGUGCAAGCCUACAAAUCAUCAAACCACCGUGAAAGGUACGCGCAGCAGGAAAUGGUUAGUGGAGCUGAUCCUAACUGUGGGACGCAAGGAUGAAUGUUUUUCACCAAGCAUACAAGUGAGAUGCAGAACUGAGACAACUAGCGCAUAGGCCCAAGCUGGAGUAACCUCAUGAAGACAGACAACAGACAUGCAGCAGUGAGUAACUGCAUCUGUGGGCCUUCAGUUACAGACACUGCCAAACUGAGUGGUGCAAUCUGAAGUAAAGAUGGAGGAGCAAGCCGUAUUCAGCCAUCGACUAGCAGCGGAAACAGCGCAAGCAGAAAACACACCCACUCUAUCCCUAUCUGGGACAGUUGACUCCAGUAAUGAGAGGGAAGCCACCCUGCAACAGUACAGCAUCAGCAUGGAGAAGCACUGCAGACACUUUAGACAGUGCUGCUAUCAGGAAGCAGAAGGACCCCAAGAGGUUUACAGCCGACUCUGUGAACUUUCCCAUCUGUGGCUGCAGCCGGACCUCCAUAGAAAGGAGCAGAUCAUCGAGCUGCUGGUUCUUGAGUAAUUCCUGACCAUCUUGCCUGAGGGAAUCCAGAAAUGGGUCCAGAGACUUCAUCCAGAAACAUGUGAUGAGGUUGUUGCCCUUGUGGAGGAUUUCCAGCUAAUUCAUCAGGAGAUUGGGAAAUGUGGGCAAAAGAUUCCAGUGACGUUCGAAGACGUGGCUGUGUAUUUCACCAAGAAGGACUGGGGUCGUCUGGACAAAAGGCAGAGGGAGCUCUACAGGGAUGUCAUGCAGAAGAAUUUGAAGACUUCUCUCUGGGAUUUGAGACUCCAAAACCUGAUGUGAACUCUCGGAUGGAACAAGAGGAAGAGCUUUGCAUCCCAGAUUGUCAGGAUGCCAGAGAAAGGGUAAUACCAAGAGAAGCCGGCACAGCAGGUGAUGGGAACAUGAAUGAAAAUGAGGAGGAGGAUCCUCAGCAGGAAGGUCCCAAGCCAGUGGAAGCCCCUGGGACAUUAUCAGACUUUUUCACAAGGGAAGCUUUUCCGAGUUCUGACCAGGACAAAGCCUGUGAGAGGCAGGAGAUACAUUCUCCAGAGGAGAGACAGGAAAAACCUAUUCGUUGUGAAAGAGGCUUCAGGAAACGCAAAGACACCAUCGUUCACCAGAAAACUCUCCUGGGCGAGAAGCCUUACAUCUGUAUUGAAUGUGGGCAGAGCUUCAACCGGAGCUCGGACCUCAUCCGCCAUCAGCGGAUCCACACUGGCGAGAAACCCUAUGUGUGCACCGAGUGCGGGAAAAGCUUCAGCCGGCGCUCGCACCUUAUCCAGCACCAGAGAAUCCACACGGGGGAGAGACCCUACCAAUGCAAAGACUGUGGGAAGAGCUUCAGCCAGAGCACGCAUCUCGUGCAGCACCAAAGGAACCACACCGGAGAGAGGCCCUAUGUGUGUGCAAAAUGUGGGAGGAACUUCUACCAGAACUCGGGGCUCAUCAGACAUGCCAACUUCCACACGGGUGAGAAGCCCUACAAAUGCCCCGAGUGUGGGAAAUGCUUCAGUGACAGCUCCAACCUCAUCGCGCAUCAGCGGCUGCACACAGGGGAGAAGCCCUACAAGUGCACGGACUGUGACAAAUGCUUCAGUGAGAGCUCUAAGCUGAUCAUCCACCGCCGGACCCACACAGGAGAGAAGCCCUACAUGUGUCCUGAGUGCGGGAAGAGCUUCAGCCAGAGAUCCCACCUUGUCCAGCACCGCAGGACGCACACAGGAGAGAAACCCUACAAGUGCUCCGAGUGUGGGACGAGCUUCAGCGACAACUCCACCCUGAUCCGGCACCGCAGGACGCACACUGGGGAGAAGCCCUUCAAAUGUGCGCAGUGUGGGAAGAGCUUCAGCCGCAACUCAUCAAAUCUUAUUACACACCAGAAACUCCACAUGGGAGAAAAACCUUAUAAAUGUACUGAGUGUGGGAAAAGCUUCCUUCAGAACUCUAAACUUAGUCAGCACCAGGGAAUCCACACGGGAAAGAAAACCUAUAAAUGUCUGGAAUGCAGAAAAGGCUUCACUCUGAGCUCCACACUCAUUCGUCAUCAGAAAACCCACAGGGGAGAGAGGCCCUACAGAUGCACUGAAUGUGGGAAAAGCUUCAAUAAACACUCAACACUUGCACAGCAUCAGAGAAUCCACACCGGAGAGAAACCCUUCAGAUGUGUAGUAUGUGGGAAAAACUUCAGUCGGAGCUCAGCGCUCAUUCAGCAUGAGAGAAUCCACAUGGGGAACAAACAGCAUAAAUGUGCUGAAUGCGGGAAGAGAUUUAGUCAGAACUCAGAUCUGAUUGUACAUCAGAGAAUCCACACGGGCGAGGAACUCUACGAUUGUACUGAGUGUUGGAAAAGGUUUAGCUGCAGGUCAACGCUUAUUAAACAUCAGAGGAUCCACACAGGACAGAGACCCUAUAAGUGCCCUGAAUGUAAGAAAAGCUUCUCCUGGAGCUCAGACCUUAUUUGUCACCAGAGGGUCCACAUGGAGGAGAAACCCUAUAAAUGCACUAAGUGUGGGAAAAGCUUCGGUCGGAAAUCACAACUCAUCCAGCACCAGAAAAUGAUACAGAUGAUAUUCGAGGAAGUGGCUGUGUAUUUCACCCAGGAAGAGUGGGCACUUUUGGAUGAAAGGCAGAGAGAACUCUACAGGGGCGUCAUGUGGGAGACAUUUGAGACUGUGAUCUCACUGGGUGAAUGA